AUGGUGGCUCAAGCUUUACCCCUCGCCAAGAUUGGGACCUUGUUCAUCAAGACAUUGGCAAAACCCGUGAGCAAACGCAUCAAAAAGGACUUUUCUCGAUUCGAACAGACCCGACGAAUGCUGGUGGGGAUUGGACAACUGUCCAAUCAAGUCACUUCUCGCAUGGCCAUUUGGAGUGAAGGGUAUACGGUCCGAAAGAUUAAUCCCUUGAGCGACGACAAGGCACUCACGACGGGAGCCGAUCUAGUGGGAGAAACCUUUGUCUUGUCCGUUUCGGUCGGGACAGUGAUUUGGGAGUACAAUCGCAGUGCUGAAAAAGCGCGCCUCAAGGAAGAAAAACUGCGAGCUACUGCCAAGGCGGAACGGGAUGCUCUGCAAGCCAAUUUUCUGGCUCUGGACGAACGAUUAAAAGCACUCGAAGAGGUGGUGCAAUACAACAGUCAAUCGAUUCUAAAUGUUGGUGGCAAACGAUUGCCGCAACCUCGCAAUACAGUACUUAUACGGAUAUCCGAUGAAGAUGAUGACAAUUUGCCAAUGGUACCAACCACCAAAAAACCAAAGCCGGACGCUCAUAAUGAGACGCAAACAACUUCUCAGUCGGAUCCAAAUGCAGAUUCUGGCGUGACAGACACAACAACUGAAACAGAAGCACCCUGGUGGAAAUUUUGGUGA